GGGGCCCAGUGGUGCCCGUGGGCGGCGGAGGUGGCGGCGGCGGCCUUGAAGGUCCCGAAGUUCCUGGCUCCGCUCGAGGCCUGGCGGUUCCCGGAGGGCUUCAAGGCCCAGCAGUUCUCGGCCAGGCUCGAGGCCCAGUGGCCUUUGGCCGGGCUCGAGGCCUAGUGAUUCCCGGAGGGCUUCAAGGGCCAGCGAUAACCAGUGUCUACCGGGCCAGGGCCCGGGGAAGCCGCCGCAGGCCUUCGGGUGUUCGGUCCGUCGAAAAGUCCAUGGAAGCCAUGAGUUUAAUUCAGGAUGAAUCCCAAGAUAUUGAGGAACAGUUUAUUUUGCGUCUGCCUCCUGUAAGUAACUUUUAUAUCUCAGAAUAAAUGUCUUCAGUGCAAAAGUGUAGUUCUGCUUAGGUAAAAUUUACAUACAUUUUAGGCUAUAAAAAGUCAGAACAUUUGCUUCCCAGAACUCAUGUUCUAUUAAGCAGUCCUAUUGUAGUGUGUAUCCUUCUCACAAUAUUUCUUUCUUCCUGUAUAUAUCAUCAAUCAUGUGGGUUAAUUCCCUGUCCAAACAACUAUGACAAUGACAAUUAUGGAUCAUCCAGUCAUUUAUCACAAACAUUAACAGCCAAUUUUCUGGACAGCCAAGGUAAGACUGUUCUAAAAUUCUUUCUGUCAUCUCAGAAGAGGUAGUUGGAGGAACUACCACUGUCACCUGCAAAUUCAUCACCAAGCAAGGUUGUCAAACUCAUUUUAACAUUAGGCUUGACUCUCAUAUCCCUUCUCAUUGAUAAGCAUGUUCAAGUAUUAUUUCAUUUAGGAGCCUAUGAUAGAGAUGAUCAGAAAGCUAUUAUCCAUUAUAGUUAAUUAAUAUAUCUAGUGAACUGUAGCUAAAGCCUUUCCUUAGCAUCUACAAUGGAAGAAUAAGCAGUAAGAAGUAGAACUGAAAAGCUGGGAGAAGGCACCAAGUGUAGUUCCUAAAAGAUAAAGAUGAAAUUUGAGUUGAAUUCAUUUGACUUGAUUUAUACAAUGCAUGGGCUCUCACGGUACAUAGCAUAGUUAACAUUUGGGAAAUGUAAGGUUUUAUUUAAGGAAGACUCUUAAGACAAUCUUUCUGAUUUUUAAUUUGCCUCCUUUUUAGGAACAUGCUUAUACUGUCAGGAAGAUGAUACAUUCUAGAGGUGCUGCCAUGAAGGAUAAACUAAAAGUCGACUUUUCUUCUGAUGGACGUAAUGCAGUUGUUCAGGUAGAAGAUGUCUCACUGUCUGCUAAGCUGGUUAAUUUGCCUUGUGUUAUCGAAAGCCUGAAAACUGUUGAUAGAAAAACACUUUAUAAAACAGCAGAUAUUUCUCAGAUGCUUGUAUGCAGUUCUGAUAGUGAGCCUCAUCCUUUCCCGGAAGAACCAGUUGCCUCUACUGAUCCUCCUGUAACUGGAAAAGGUGAAGGGAAGAUACAGAAAAAAAAAUAUAACUGGAAGCAUGGCAUUACUCCACCACUUAAGAAUGUCAGAAAGAAAAGGUUCCGGAAAACAGCAAAAAAGCUCCCCAGUGUCAAACAAAUGGAUGAAAUCAGCUUCAGUGAGUACACUGAAUCUCCAAAUGUGGAAAAAGAAAUGAAGAGACUGCUGUGCUCAGAUGCUGAAGCCAUCAGUGUCCGCUGGGAAGUCAUUGCUGAUGAUGAAACCAAGGAAAUAGAAAGUCAAGGAUGCAUCUCAGGCAUUUCAGGAACCCCACAAAUGAGUGGCCCUCCCUCAUCAGACUAUGAUAUGCUUCGAGAGAUGUUUGGUGAUUCUCGCAGUAACAGUAAUGAUGUGGAAGAUAAGGCUGAUAAAAUUGAAGCUGAGGAGGAUGAUGAAGGAGAGGAGAGUGAUGAUGAUGAUGAUGAUGACGAUGAAGAGGAUGAAGAGGAAGAAGAAAAGAAGAUAGACAGUUGGGAAGCGGAAUUAGAAAGGGAGCUGCAAGCCAAAUUUAUUCAAUCUAGCUCCGAAGAGGAAAACAAAGACUAUGAUUACAGUUCAAUAAUCACAGGAAUUCAGAAAUUGAUUUAUUACAAAGAAAAAAAGCUUCAACAGGUUUAUAAGAAAGCACAACGACAGAAAGACCUCCUUAGGAAUGUGGAAAACAUGACCCUUAAGAGGCAUUUCCAGUAUGUUUUGGAGCAGCUUAACAUAUUGGAAAAACAAAAAUGUGAGGAGAUUUAUCACCUACAAGAACAACUGAAAUGUUUUCUGAAGGAAUAAGGAAACCCUCAGUCUAGCAUAUAAAGUGGAUUCACCUUCCAGAUGAAGACCGAGUGGAACCACGAGUUACUUUAUCUUGACCAACUGUAUUUGCUUAAUUGAAUAUUUUUCACUAGUUACAGUAAAUUUAAAGGUCAUAGUCAUGUAGAAGGGGACAGUAUAAAAUGCACAGUAGGUUUAGAGACCCCACUCACCAUGAGAUUUUGUUUUACUUUGUCAAUUUGAGGUUAUAUAUAUGUGUGUGUA